CUAAUUCACCUCUGACGUCUGCCUUUGUAAACACCUCCUCGGUUUUCAAGGAGAGAGCGGGACACACUGCCGGGGCUAACUUUCUUUUUUUGUUGUUGUUGUUUGCAACAUUUGCAUUCUUGGUAAACACUUGUCUGCUUCAGCUGGUCCACUGUUGCGAGCUGAAGAGCCGAAGAUGCCAGCGGGUACUUUAGAAAGAACAUCCCCAUCCUCCGUGGCCGCUACUCCUGCAAGUGGCAACACGACACCCGACAAACCGCGGACUCUGGCGGAGAACAGAAAGUCCUCUAAACCCAUCAUGGAAAAGAGGAGACGAGCGCGCAUCAACGAGAGCCUCGGCCAGCUGAAGACCCUCAUCCUGGACGCGCUGAAGAAAGACAGCUCCAGACACUCCAAACUAGAGAAGGCGGACAUCCUGGAGAUGACAGUGAAGCACCUCAGGAACUUGCAGCGACUUCAAAUGACCGCUGCUGUGAACACGGACCCGUCCAUCAUGGGUAAAUACAGAGCCGGGUUCAGUGAGUGUGUCUGCGAGGUCACCCGCUUUCUGUCCACCUGUGAGGGGGUGAACACUGAGGUGAGGACCCGUCUUCUCAGCCACCUGGCCGCCUGCGUGUCCCAGAUCAAUGCCGUCAACUUCUACGCCCCUCUCCCGGGGGUGCUUGGAUUCGGACAGAGCGGCACACAGACGCCGGGCGCUGCCUCUGCUCAGGUGCAUGGGGUGCCUUGCAAAAGUGGCUCAGCGAUGAACAUUCCCCCAGAAGCGGUGAAGCUGUAUGGCGGGUUCCAGGUUGUGCCAACGCCGGACGGACACUUCGCCUUCCUUAUUCCCAGCGCCACCCUCGCACCCCUGAGCUCACAGAGCAGCCAUCACAUGUCACCUGUUGUGCCUCCUCCAGUCACCUCAGACUCCAUGUGGAGACCGUGGUAGGGUCCCCCAUUUGGAAAAAAAAAAGGACAUUUACCCAAUGAGACAUAUUUUUGUAUAUUUUGUAAAUGAUUUUCAGAUGAUACUUGAGUGAAGUUUACACACAUUUACUUUUUUUGUUAUAUGGGCUUCUUUAGGAGCUAUUCCUGGCCUCUUUCUUUACUGUGUUGUUUUCUGGCAUUGCUAUGGCACAAUUUGUUUACAAAUUCCUUGAAAAGCUCU